CGUGGCGGCGGUGGGAACGUUCGACGGGGCGGGCGGGCGAUUGGCCGUUGGGACGGUUGGCCGGCCGCUCGCCGCCAGCUCGCUAGGGUGCUGAGGCCUCGGCCCGUCCCGCGGCCGCGAUGCCGGGCUUUACGUGCUGCGUGCCGGGCUGCUACAAUAACUCGCACCGGGACAAGGCGCUGCACUUCUACACCUUCCCCAAGGACGCGGAGCUGCGACGCCUGUGGCUGAAGAACGUGUCCCGGGCGGGCGUGAGCGGCUGCUUCUCCACCUUCCAGCCCACCACGGGCCACCGGCUGUGCAGCGUCCACUUCCAGGGCGGCCGGAAAACCUACACGGUGCGGGUCCCCACCAUCUUCCCCCUGCGGGGGGUCAACGAGCGCAAGACGGCGCGGCGCGCCGGGGCGGCGGGGGCCGCCGCUCGCAGGAGGCAGCCGCCGCCGCCUCAGCCGCCUCAGCCGCCUCAGCCGCCUCAGCCGCCGCCUCCUCCUCCUCCUCCUCAGCCGUCGCCUCAGCCGCAACCGCUGGUGUCGGCCUCGGCGGCGGUGCUGCUGACCCUGCAGGCGGCCGUGGAGGGUGGGCCGGCUGCCUCGACCUCCCCGCCGCCGGCCGGGGACGACGUGAAGCCCGUGGACCUGACGGUGCAGAUGGAGUUCGGGGCCCCCGACGGGGCCCCCGGGCCGGAGCUGGCCCACGCCGCCGCCGCCGCCGCCGCCGUCGAGGCCAGCUGCUCGGCCGCCGGGGUCCGGCUGGUGGUGGUGGGCGACGACGGCUUCCCGGACACGGGCUCCGACCACUCGUACUCGCUGUCGUCGGGCACCACGGAGGAGGAGCUGCUGCGCAAGCUCAACGAGCAGCGGGACAUCCUGGCCCUCAUGGAGGUGAAGAUGAAGGAGAUGAAGGGCAGCAUCCGCCACCUGCGCCUCACCGAAGCCAAGCUCCGCGAGGAGCUGCGGGAGAAAGACCGGCUGCUGGCCAUGGCCGUCAUCCGCAAGAAGCACGGCAUGUGAAGGAGGCCGCGCCGGGCGCGCCCCGCCGACGGCCGGGGCCUGCCGAGCCCGCCCUGCUCGCUUCUGUUUGCAACCGACACCUUCCCCCCCCAACCUCGGCCCCCUCGCGUGGCCACCCGAACCUGGACCGGGGCGCCCGGGCCAAAUAGGAACCCGGCGAGAUCGGGGCGCGGGCCUAGCCCCGUCGGCUUCCGGCCCCAAUGGGGGCUGCCUCGGGGAACUUUGUCUUUUAGGACGGUGGGAGGAUUCGAAGGGAUGAGUUGGCUUCGGGAACCCCUCCAGAGCGCAGAACGGGACGACGUAGGAGACCGCAGAGCCUCCGGCCGGGCCCGGACCGGCAGAGAGAGAGAGAGGAGCUGCGUAUUUCGUGGGUCGUUGUGUUGGUUUUUUUUUUUAAUCGAGUGACCUGAGAGACGUUCCUCGUCAGAAGUAGAACGGACACCGUGAUUCCCAAGAAAAAUCUGAUGCCGAUUCUCACCUGCUUCCCCGCCCCCUCAAUCUCCCGGAUGGACUGGGGUCCUUCUGAACCGGAGGCGCCCUCGGGAAAUUUCAGCCCCGUCUCGCGUUACGAAACUUGCCGCGGACUUGACUUUUUGUUGGUGGAGAUCAUAGUAUGCCAUCUGCUGAUGAUGUGUGCUUUUAAAAAAGAAACGAAAAACCCCCAAACUCAAACUCUGGCGGUGUUUGCUACUGGCCACAGAUUAUAUUUUCUGUACAAUUAACCAGAUGAGAAUUUUCACUUUCCUGUUUGGCC